CCCAUACUGUUAAUCUUUUAACUUGUGGCAACCAAUUGCUUUUCUUAUUAUUAUUAUUUUCGACUUGUUUCUAUAUACACGAAAUCUCGUCUCUCAACUCAAACCACACCACUUUCAAGCUCGAUGCAGUAACGCUUGGUGGAUGAACGAACAAAGACAACAAUAAACGAACGGCGCUUACUCCGACUAUUACGAUGAGAACUACUAUGCUGCCAUCUUAACAAAGAUAAGAAGUAUAUUUCCGGCGAUCUUCAAUUGCAAAAUAAAAAAAGCUUGGGAAACGAUCUACAGAAUACCUUCUCGUCGCACGUGAGCGUAUGCGCGCAACCUGCCAGCAUGAUCGAGCUCGGACGAGCUGACUACGAUGUCUUUGCUAAUCGAGUUCUAUGGGCUCUUUUCGCAAUCACCACAGUGAUUGUUGGACUAAGGAUCUUUUGCCGUCUGCACUACGGCACAAGCCAACGAGCUGGACUGGGCUUGGACGAUCACAUCACCGUCGUCUGUCUCGUUCUAAGUCUCGUCGUGAGUGUUCUCAUAACGAUAGCCUCUGGAUAUGGCCUCGGGAAACACGUCUACGAUCUGAAUGAGGAGCAGAAGAGCAUAGCGCUCAAAUACAAUGCGAUUAUCAAUGCGAUCUUGGUCUGGCAGUUCUCGUUACCGAAGUUUGCCAUCAUCGCUAUUCUAAAGCGAAUACUCAACUAUGGCAUAAGGACGUCGGUUGCUCUCUGGACUCUUGGCAUCACCUCGCAGGCCUGCAUAUUGGCCGUCUCGAUUUGGUGGUUUAAGCAAUGCGAACCUGUUGCGUUUGGAUGGGACAGGCGAAUCCCCGGUGGAAAAUGCGCGGACAUCAACGUGAUGAUCAACCUAGCCUACUUUACGUCGGCCUACUCGGCAUUCCUCGACCUCUUCUUCGCCUUCUAUCCGAUUCCCUUUGUUAUGCGCUUGAAGAUGCCUUUGCGAAACCGUAUCGCCGUCGCCUCUGCGUUAUGUCUUAGCGCUUUAGCAUUCGUCGUGUCUGUCGUCAAACUGGCAGCCCUCGGUGAAGCGUUUUCCAUCUCGGCGACUGAUCCAACUUGUGAGUUAUUCCAUACCAUUCGUGCCUUUUUUUUUCUUUGUUGGAGGACCAAUACUCAUACCUCAAUCGCGCUUUAGACCCCGUGCCAUACCUUGAUAUAUUAGGCAUGUCGGAGGGAUACAUUUUGAUCAUUACCUCCUCUCUCCCCACCCUCGGGCCACUAUUCCGGGCCGCGAAGGGAAAGUUAACCAC